AUGGCUCACGCUCUCCCUCUUGCCGCUCUCCAUCCCCUCCCCUCCGCCGCCACCGCACCUCUCUGCCACCACCAGCCCAACCUCUCCACCGCCACCUCCUUCUUCCACCUCAAACAAAUCCACGCCCACCUCCUAAGAAACCCCGACCACCCUAACCACCACCAGACCCUCUCGCAUCUCCUCCUCUCCGCCCUCAACUUCCCCUCCUACUCUCUCUCUCUUCUCUCCUUCGCCCCCACACACCGGCCCCCGCCGCCACAUCUGGCCAACAAGCUCCUCAAACACCUCUCCCGCUCCAACAACCACGAUCACACGCUGCUUUUUUUCCAGACUAUGUAUACCAACGCCUUUCCCGUCGACAGGUUCUGCUUUCCGCUGUUGUUGAAGGCCGCCUCGAAAGUCGCAUCCCUCAGUGAAGGGAAAAUGUUUCAUGGCCUGGCGGCGAGGCUGGGAUACGUAUCCGACCCUUUUGUGGAGACUGCGCUGGUGAGGAUGUAUGCGGAUUGCGGGUCCAUAACCGAUGCGCGUCUUGUGUUUGAUAAAAUGUCUUACAGAGAUAUUGUCACUUGGGCUAUCAUGAUGGAUGGUUACUGCCAAAGCCAACUUCUCAACAAUGCGUUAGCCCUCCUGGAUGAGAUGCAGAGUUCUAACAUGCCACCAGAUUCAAGAAUCUUCACCACCAUCCUAUCUGCAUGCAGCCGUGCUCGAAACCUAGAAAUUGGAAAAUUCGUGCACGGUUUAAUAUCCGAAAAUCAUAUCCCCAUUAACAACCCCCAUUUGCAGAGUGCCCUUCUAAACAUGUAUGCCAGCUCGGGCGCCAUGGAUGUGGCACAAAAAUUGUACGACGAUAUGAACCCGAAAACCGUCGUGAGCUCGACUGCCAUGAUCUGUGGCUACUCGAGAGCCGGCAAUCUCGAUGCCGCUCGGCUCUUGUUUGACCAAAUGUCUGGCAAGGACUUGGUCUGCUGGAGUGCAAUGAUUUCCGGGUAUGUUGAUAGUGACAAACCUCAAGAGGCACUUAAAAUAUUCCACGAGAUGCCGAAAAAUGGAAUUAACCCUGACCAGGUUACUAUGUUGAGCGUUAUUUCUGCUUGCGCCCGUCUCGGUGCAUUGGACCAGGCCAAAAGGGUACAUCUUUACGUGAAUGAGAAAGGAUUUGGAAAAAGAUUGCCUGUGAACAAUGCCCUAAUAGAUAUGUACGCGAAAUGUGGCAGUCUAGAGGACGCGAGGCAGGUUUUUAUCCAGAUGCGUUCGAAAAACGUUAUAUCCUGGACGAGCAUGGUGAGCGGUUUCGCCAUCCACGGAGAUGCCGAAAACGCCCUUAAAUAUUUCAAGCAGAUGAAGCUCGAAAAAGUCGAACCCAACUGGGUAACAUUCGUGGGUGUCCUCUACGCGUGCAGCCACGCAGGUCUGGUCGAGGAGGGACAAAGGGCCUUCGACUCGAUGGUGGGAGAAUAUGGAAUUACGCCCAGAUUGGAACACUACGGGUGCAUGGUCGAUUUGUACGGUCGGGCAAAUUAUCUCCGAAAGGCCUUGGAGAUUGUCGAGGGGAUGCCGAUGGCCCCAAACAUCGUCGUGUGGGGCUCGCUGAUGGCAGCUUGCAGAAUUCACGGCGAGUUUGAGUUGGGAGAAUUUGCCGCGAGGCGCGUUCUUGAAUUGGACCCCGACCAUGAUGGGGCCCACGUGUUGUUAUCAAACAUAUAUGCGAAGGAAAAGAAUUGGGAGAAAGUGGGUGUAGUUAGACGGGGGAUGAAGAACGAGGGCAUAUUAAAGGAAAAAGGGUGUAGCUUGAUUGAAAUGGAUGGCGAGAUGCAUGAGUUCCUUGUGGCAGAUAGAAGGCACGAAAGGGCGGACGAAAUUUACGCCAAGCUGGACGAGGUGGUGAAGAGGCUGAAAAGGGCCGGGUACAGCCCGAACCCGAUUGGUGUUGUGAUGGAUUUGGAUGAGGAUGAGAAGCGGGAAGUUGUUCUGUGGCACGGGGAGAAGUUGGCCUUGUCUUAUGGACUGAUUGGGCGGGAAAACAAGUCUUGCAUUCGUAUUAUCAAGAAUCUGAGGAUAUGCGAGGACUGUCAUGAGUUUAUGAAGUUGGCUUCAAAGGUGUAUGAUAUGGAGAUUGUUAUAAGAGAUAGGAGUAGAUUUCACCAUUGUAAGGAUGGUGUUUGUUCCUGCAAGGACUACUGGUGA